AUGGCAAGUUUUGUGCACCUCUGCCGCAUAGCUCUAGUAUUAGGAAUGGCUAUGGUCAUGGCAGCACCAGCCUAUGCCCAAAUCAGCACGCCAUGUAAUGCCUCAACGCUAAGCACUUUAUUCACACCUUGUAUGAGUUUCUUCACAAAUAGCAGUGCCAAUGGCGCCUCACCAACCACGGAGUGCUGCAGUGCCCUCAAGUCCCUCACAAGUGGUGGCAUGAACUGUUUUUGUCUCAUUUUUACUGCCAGUGUUCCCUUCAGAAUACCAAUCAACAGAACAUUGGCCAUCUCUCUCCCUCGUGCCUGCAAUAUGCCUGGUGUCCCAUUUCAAUGCAAAGCCUCAGGUUCACCAAUUCCUGCUCCUGGACCAGUGUCUCUUGGACCAUCUCCUUCACCAGUAUCAUCUCCAUCUGCUUCCUCAGGAUUUACUCCAACUCCUAGUCCUCAAGCAGCUUCUUCUGUCUUCCCCUCACCAACUUCACCUUCUCUGGCACCAAUGUCUGACACAACUCCUCCACUUUUGACCCCAACAUCUCCACCAGUGGAUUCUGAUACCCCAUCUGCAUCUACGGGAAGGGGCCGCUCUAAUCUGACCCCGUCAUCUGCCAUAUCAUCUUACAGUGUCCCACCUUCAGUUCUAUUAAUUGCAUUGGGAUUUGCUGUUCUCAAAUACUACUAG